AUGUCGAGCGCCCCGCUGGCGGCCCCGGCCGCGAGCGACGAGCACCGCGCGGAUGCCGCGCACGCCGCGCCGCGCGGGAACCCCACGCUGGCGGAGGUCGAGGCGCCCUGGGCCAACAGCCGGUACUUCUUGGUCGAUGUCGUGAGCCUCGGUGCUCUCGCCAGCAUCAUGGGCGUCGCCUCCUAUGCGUACGGGUACAUCGUGGGCGACCUGCUGAGCAAGUGGCUCACCUGGGCGGGCGGCGGCAAGGACUACCCGGACGAGUACCUGAAGGACGGCGGCCUGGGCUGUCCCUGGUGGGUCCUGCUCUGCUGGCUGGGUGGGACCGCGGUCGGCGUGUUGAAGGUGGCGGUGGGGCUUGACAGCUACAACCCCUUCAUUGUCGAGAUCCGCUCGCAGCACUGCGACACGCUGCCUGGACUGAAGACGUGUCUCUGCUGCGUCGUCACGCUGUUUUCUGGGGCGUGCAUGGGACCAGAAGCGGGCCUGGCGUCCCUCGGCGGAGGGAUAGGAACCUUCUUCGCGGCCUGCGUAGCCCGCCUCGGACCAGACUGGGCUGCGGAGGCUGACGAGCGCCGGCGCCUCUACGUGCUCGGGGGCAUAUGCGCGGCGUUCGGCACCAUCAUGCCAUCGCCGUGGGUGGCCCUGCUGAUCUGCAUGGAGUGCUCGUUGCUGAAGGACGACGCCGAGGGCAAGCAGCUGAGGCUGUUCGGUAGGCGAACGCUCUUUAUCCUGGGCUACGCUGCCAUCGUGGCGUUUGGUGUUCGCUACGGGGUCAAGGCGAUCAGAGAGCUGCCAGAUCUCGCCGGGGACCUGCGGCGCAGCGGCGACCAUUACAAGAACGACGAUCUGCCGAAGGCGGCGCUUCUGGGAGCGAUCGGGGCGGUGGCCGCGCUCGUUUAUGCCAUCAUAGGUGCUGUUGUGAAGGGCGCCUUUGUCAAGAUUGGCACCCUCCUGGAGCGCAGUCUCGGUAAGCAGGCCCGGGUUUUCUCGCUGUGCUCCCUGGCGGGCCUGCUCACAGGCGUGCUGGGCUACCUGUGCCCGAUGUCCCUCACCUCCGGCAAGGAGGCAAUGUUCCCACAGAUCCUCUCCAGGCUGGGAACCAGCCCCUUGUUUCCGACCCCGGUGGGGUCGGCCUGGUCCUUGCUGUGGAUCGUCGUCGCAAAGACGCUGUCGUUCUCCGUCGCGGCCGCCGGUGGUAUGGUCGGGGGCCCCUUCUUUCCAGUCCUGUUCAUCGGCGUGGUGGUUGGCCAGAUGUGCGCCCUGAUCCCCAUCGAGUGGAGCUUGCACCCCACGGCGAUCACUGUGCCUUGUGCCAUGGUCGCCAUGCCGAGCUCAGUGUUUCCGAUACCCUUCACGCUCGUGGCCAUACCGCUGAGCUACUUCCACCUGGGCACCAUGGGGUGCGUUCCGAUUCUGGUGAGCAUCGUGACCUCCUACACUCUGGUGGUUGGAUCUGGCCUCCUCAAGGCCCUCGCGCGCGCCUGA